CGCGCUCAAGCCGCGUUUCCGGCUUCAUGAGCACGUGGGUUCCUCUCGUGGUGUGUUUUGUGCGGAGUCUUCUUUUCUGCGCCGGCCACUCUCGCUGGCCACUCAGUGAAGCGUUUGGAGCUCGAAGCGUUCGUCAGUCAUCGAUUCAUUGCAUGUGGCUCCGUGAAUAACACAAAAUGUUGGUUUUGUUUGAAUCGCCGGCUGGUUUCGCCGUGUUCAAGGUCCUCGACGAGAAGAAAAUUCAGAAAUCCGAAAACUUGUUCAAAGAGUUUGAGGAUGCAAGCGAUGCAUCAAAAAUUCUCAAACUCAAACAUUUCCAAAAGUUCGAAGACAUGACCCAAGCCCUCAGCGCUGCCACCGGCGCCAUCGAGGGGAAACUUACGAAACCGCUUAAAAAGAUUCUGAAAAAAUUGGAAGCGACAGAAACCUUGGCCGUUGCGGACGCUAAGUUAGGCAAUAUCAUCAAAGAAAAGAUGGAUAUCUCGUGCGUGGCGAACUCCUCCAUCCAAGAACUCAUGAGGUGCAUCCGAUCGCAACAGGAAGCCUUGAUCACGGGUCUCUCCCAGAAAGAAGUCACGGCAAUGGCGCUUGGACUCGCACAUUCCCUGUCGCGUUACAAGCUCAAGUUCUCACCUGAUAAAGUGGACACCAUGAUCAUCCAGGCCGUUUCUCUCCUCGACGACUUGGACAAGGAGCUCAAUAACUACGUCAUGAGGUGCAAAGAAUGGUAUGGCUGGCACUUCCCGGAAAUGGGCAAGGUUGUCACAGAUAACAUGCUUUACGUCAAAACCGUUUGCAAAAUGGGCAUGCGAUCAAACGCCAUAACCUUGGACCUUUCGGAUAUUCUUCCCGAAGACCAAGAAGCUAAAGUCAAGGAACUGGCGGAGGUUUCAAUGGGAACUGAGAUCGCCCCGGACGAUGUCGACAAUAUCAAACAUCUCUGCGAAGAAGUCAUUCAAAUGACCGAAUACAGAGCCACACUCCACGAGUACCUCAAGAAUCGGAUGGCGGCGGUCGCUCCAAACCUCACCAUUCUUGUCGGGGAACUCGUCGGAGCGAGACUUAUCGCUCAUGCGGGCUCACUUCUUAAUUUGUCGAAACAACCCGCGUCGACGGUUCAGAUACUCGGAGCAGAAAAGGCGCUCUUCCGCGCAUUGAAAACGAAACACGACACUCCGAAAUACGGUCUGAUCUACCACGCUCAGAUGGUUGGUCAGAGCAGUCAAAAGUGCAAAGGUAAAGCCUCCCGUUGGUUGGCGGCGAAGGCGGCACUUGCCAUCAGAGUCGACGCUCUAGGGGAAGACAACGACACCGACAUGUCGUUGAAGAACCGCGCCAAUCUCGAAGCCCGACUGAAAAUGCUCGAGGAGGGCAAGCUGACCCGAAUUUCGAAGGGAGGCAAGUCGAACAAAUUCGAUGUAUACAAACACAAGAGCGAGGUUCACGAGUUCAAGCCGGCCAACGAUUCCACCAUCGGAAACAAGAGAAAAUCUUUCGGUGCCGACGAGGAGCAGGAACCGAAACACUUCGUCAAGAAAGCCAAGCAUUUCGAUGAAGAUGACGACGCCGAGAAAGCCGAAGCAGAAGAAACUCCAGCGAAGAAAGCAAAGAACAAGAAGAAAAAAAGCCUCGCUGCUGCUGAAGACGAGGGGGAGAACGGCCUGAACUCGUCAGUUGUCGAAGGAAAGAUCAAGAAGAAGAAGAAGAGCAAGGUCGCUGAAGAAGUCGCGGAAGAAGAGGAGGAAGGAGCGCCCAAAAAGAAGAAGAAAAAGAAAUCGAAGGCGAAAUCGAGCGAAGACGAGGAAGAGGAAUGAGCGCUCAUGUAUAUACGACAUCUACAUUAAAUUGAUAUCAUUUACGAUGGAAAUAAAUCAGAUAUUAGAUUUAUGUCCAACA